AUGGGGAAGGCCAUUCCGAAAUCGGUCUUCCUUUUGCACUUGUGGUGUGCACUGCUGACAGUGGCUCUGCUCGGUACGGUGGGUUUCGUGGUGUCGAGCGGCUGCUGGCGGAAGCCUUCAGCACGGGGCAGCUAUCCCAUCACUGGAGAGUCCGGGACAUCUCCACACGCCAGUGGGGAUUUGCCCAGAGUCACAGCUCAGGCAGAGUUUGGCGAAACCGCUGCCAGGUCUAAAGGAAGGCAUUUCAGGCUGGCCCCAGAGAUGCUGCGGGUCAUACCCAUGGCCAUGGCACAGCGGGCACUGCAAAGCUCUCAGGAUGGAGUUUACGCCAGGCAGAGUCUGGAACCCGCGGGAGGUGUGUCUUUCAGGGUGUACAGUCCCCAGGAGGUGUGUGUAUCAGGCUGUACAGUCCCUGGGAGGUGUGUGUUUCAGGGUAUACAGUCCCCGGGAGGUGUGUGUAUCAGGCUGUAUAGUAGCUUGGAGCUGUGCCUUUCAGGGUGUACAGUCCCUGGGAGGUGUGUGUUUCAGGGUGUACAGUCCCUGGGAGCUGUGCCGUUCAGGGUGUACAGUCCCUGGGAGGUGUGUGUUUCAGGGUGUACAGUCCCUGGGAGGUGUGUGUAUCAGGGUGUACAGUCCCCGGGAGGUGUGUGUUUCAGGGUGUACAGUCCCUGGGAGGUGUGUGUUUCAGGGUGUACAGUCCCUGGGAGGUGUGUGUUUCAGGGUGUACAGUCCCCGGGAGGUGUGUGUUUCAGGGUGUACAGUCCCUGGGAGGUGUGUGUAUCAGGGUGUACAGUCCCGGGGAGGUGUGUGUUUCAGGGUGUACAGUCCCUGGGAGGUGUGUGUUUCAGGGUGUACAGUCCCUGGGAGGUGUGUGUAUCAGGGUGUACAGUCCCGGGGAGGUGUGUGUUUCAGGGUGUACAGUCCCUGGGAGGUGUGUGUUUCAGGGUGUACAGUCCCUGGGAGGUGUGUGUUUCAGGGUGUACAGUCCCUGGGAGGUGUGUGUAUCAGGGUGUACAGUCCCCGGGAGGUGUGUGUAUCAGGGUGUACAGUCCCUGGGAGGUGUGUGUUUCAGGGUGUGCAGUCCCUGGGAGGUGUGUGUUUCAGGGUGUCCAGUCCCUGGGAGCUGUGCCGUUCAGGGUGUACAGUCCCUGGGAGGUGUGUGUAUCAGGGUGUACAGUCCCUGGGAGGUGUGUAUUUCAGGGUGUGCAGUCCCUGGGAGAUGUGCCGUUUAGGGUGUGUGGAACCCAGGAGGAAGCUGAGAAAGUGACUGUGCAGCCGUACAGCAGAGAGAGGACACCGUUGUGAAUCUGUGUGUCGAUGAGCUACAUUACAGAUUCACCUGACUCUCUUAAAUAAGUAAUCAGUGCAGCCACUGGCAUAGGCAGGAUUAUUUGGAGAG